CUUUGCAUGAGAUAAGUUCUCGGUCCUUGCAGGCGCCGGCUUCAGUGCACUAGCCUCUGCCGGGACCGGCUCCGUUCUAGAAACCAGCCGAGGAGCCCGAGUUUCUGCCGCUGACCGGCGAGGAGGGUGUGCUAGCUGCUGCAUGCCGGGAGAGGGCGGUGCUGAGCCGACUCUUCCUUUAAAGCAGCGCGUCAUCCAGCGGCUGCGAUCGAACAGCGUGCGACUUGUAAACCCGGAGAACCGCGGCGUGCUCAGGCUUUGAAAUGGCUGAAAAUGGGAACAAUGAAGAAGUGCAAGACUUGGAUACAAAGAUCUGUCAGCAAGUUGAGUACUAUUUCGGUGACCACAAUCUGCCGAGAGACAAGUUCUUAAAGGAACAAAUUGGCCUAGAUGACGGCUGGGUGCCACUAGAGACCAUGAUCAAGUUCAACAGGUUAAAUAAAUUGACAACAGAUUUUGACAAGAUUCUUGCAGCGCUUAAAAAAUCCAAGACUGGUCUGCUGGAGAUUGACGAGGAGAAAACUAAAAUUAGAAGGUCGCCAGACAAGCCCUUACCUGAAGUCACAGAAGAGUACAAGAACGCUGUAAAAUCUAGAUCAGUCUACAUUAAAGGGUUUCAGCCUGAUACAACCCUGGAUGAUGUCAAAGAGUGGCUUGACGGCAAGGGUCCCAUUGAGAACAUUCAGAUGAGACGGACACUGCAGAAGACAUUUAAGGGUUCCAUAUUUAUUGUGUUUGAUACUGAUGAGGCUGCAAAAAAGUUCUUAGAAAACCGAGAUCUCAAGUUCAAAGAUUCUGAUAUGAUCAUAUUGUCAAAGGAUGAAUAUUUUGCCAAGAAGAAUGAGGAAAGGAAGCACAAGCAGUCUAAAGCCAAAGCAAAGUCUAAACAGGAGAAGGCUGAUGCCCAGAAGCAAGCAGAGGAAGCUGAAAUGAAAUCACUAGACGAACAGACUGGUUGCCUCCUAAAAUUCUCAGGUGAACUGGACAACAUGACUUCCAGAGAAGACAUUCAUGCAUUAUUUCAGAGUCAUGGGGAAAUCAAGUGGAUUGAUUUUAGCAGGGGAGCGAAGGAGGGAAUUAUAUUAUUUAAAAGCAAUGCAAAGGAAGCAUUGGAAAAAGCCAAAGCUGCAAAUAAAGACAGCCUGCAGCUGAAGGAGAAGGAUGUGACCUGGGAGCUACUUGAGGGGGAUGUGGAGAAAGCGGCAUUAAAGAAAAUCAUGGAAGAUCAACAAGAAUCUUAUAAUAAAUGGAAAGGAAAAGGUGGAAAGAAAGCUAAAGGAAAAGGCAGGGGUGGAAGAAAUAACGAUUCAUCCAAAAAGAAAAUACAGUUCCAGGGGAAAAAGAAGAAAUUUGAAAGCAGUGACGAAGAGGACAUGGAAGAAUCUGAAAAGACUGAUGUUUCUUCAUCUGUCGAUGUUAAAAAUGGGACGGAAGUGCCAGGAAGUCCGAAAAAGAGGCAGCUGGAGGACAAGACCUCAGAUGGACCAGAACCCAAGCAGCUGAAAGCUGAAGAGCAGUAAGCUGGUGCUAAGUUUUAGAUGCUCCAGAAUUUUUGUUUUUUUCUUCCUUUUUUUUUUUUUAGAAAACUAAUAAAAGUACAAAAAUAUGGAUUGCCUAUUUUAAGCCUUUCAGAUGCCGAAUGUCAGCGAGAUGAGAAUCUAAAUAAAUACAUUUCAGUGUCAACCUGCAAAGAUUAUUAUUAUUUUUUGUUAGAUUCAGUUGACUGGCACUUAAACAUUUUAUAUUUAUGUUCUUGUUAAUACUCAAUUCCUUCUGGAUUAUGUGUAAAGAGAAAUUGAUCUCUAAAUUGUGCUUUAAACCUGUAUAUCGAACUAUUCAAUAAAAUUGUUAUUAAAU